AUGGAAAAAAAAUUAAUGGCAGUUAGGAUUGUAAAACAUGCAUUUGAAAUUAUUCACGUUUCAACUGAUCAAAACCCUAUUCAAGUUUUGGUUGAUGCUAUAAUUAACAUUGGUCCGCGUGAAGAUUCAACUCAUAUUAGUAGUGCAGGCACAGAAGCAAUACGUGAAUCAGCUUUCAGAAAUGUUAAAAGUAUUGCCGAAUGUUUGGCCGAUGAAUUAAUUAAUGCAGCUAAGGGAAGUUCAAAUUCAUAUGCUAUUAAAAAGAAAGAUUAA